AUGGCAAACAAUUCGGUUCCAUUUCAGAUGCCUCGAUUCACCAAAGAUAACUAUGAAAAUUGGUGUAUCCGUAUGAAGGAAAUUUUGGGAGCACAAGAUGUGUGGGAAAUUGUUUCCAAAGGUUAUGAUAAGCCAAAAGAUGAAACAACUUUGUCUCAAGCCGAAAAAGAUAUUUUACAAGCCAUGAGAAAGAAGGACCAAAAAGCGGUGAUGACCAUUCAUCAAUGUUUGGAUGAUGGAAUGCUACAAAGAGUUGCUCGUGUAGAAAAUGCAAAGCAACUAUGUGAGAUUCUUCAAAAUUCCUUCCAAAGAGCUGAUAAAGUGAAAAAUGUUCGCCUCCAAACGUUACGAGGUGAAUUUGAAGCAUUGCAUAUGAAGGAAUCUGAAUUAAUUUCAUAUUAUUUUUCAAGGGUCCUAGCUAUUGUAAAUCAACUAAGAAAGUAUGACGAAACCACCAUGAUUGAUACAAGGGUCGUUGAAAAGAUCCUUCGAUCGUUGGAUUCUAAAUUCAACUACAUUGUUGUAGCCAUUGAAGAGUCAAAGGAUUUGGAUUCCAUGACUGUUGAUCAACUCAUGGGUUCAUUGCAAGCUUAUGAAGAAAAUGUGGUGAAGAAACAAGAAGCUUUGGAGCAAGUGCUACAAACAAAGUUUUCGUUUAACGAAAGAGAUGAAAAACAUGGAGGAAAUUAA